CCGUUACGUCUUUCCUCCCCAAGCACCGGAAGUAGAUCUAUCCAACGGCCGUCCAGAAGUUUUUAACACAAACAGAGGAAAUCCAGGAUGUUUUACUGCAGCAGCAGCGGUUCCGAUCCACUCAGCAUGUCCAAGAGCGGCAUUCUGAGAGGAAUCAUCACCGAGAAGCUGAGCACCGCCGCCCGGGAGAUCAUAGCGGUGGUGGAGCGGACCGUAGCCGACUACGAGAAGGAGGCGUCGGGCUUCAGACGGGAGAUCGACCGCCAGAGGAGGCAGCUGGAGCUGCUGCAGCCGCAGGUCAAGCUGCRCAGAGGAGCCAAAGCGGGGCUCCCGGACCUGCAGAGCCAUGAGGUGGUGGUUGUAGGCGAGGAGCAGCGGCAGCACGCAGAUGUGAGGGACUCUGGGAGUCUGGACUUCCUGUGGUACGGUGAUGAUGACCAUGAUGAGGACAUCCAGCCUGUGGUUCAGGUGACGCCGCGGUCCGGACCCAAACGGGAGGAUCUGACGGACCCAGACUAUGAGAUAUCACCAAGGUCGUUUCCGUCCCGAGUCCGACCUGAGAAGAGGAGAGCCAGUAAACCUCUGAGCUCCCUGACCCACCUGGACUUCCGGGUCCGGGUUCUGGACAACCCUGAGACCGAGGUGCUCUCCAACAACGUGUUUCAGAAGAGUCCCGUUCAGGACUUGAGCUGUCCUCGGGAUCUGCAGGAGUCGGACUUCCUGGACCUGCUGCGGUCCUCCAUCCCUCAGCUGGCUGCAGGAGAGCCGUUCAACCUGUUCAUAACCGAUACCAGCAGGCGGCUGCAUCCGCUGAGGGUCAGCAGCCUGACCCCUGAGGUGAUCCACAGGACCAUCAGGUCCAGCGGGAACUCCGCCCUCUACGUCCGCCUCAAGACAGCAGUCRAGCCUCAGAGCAGCAGCAGCAGCAGUGAUGUUCUUCAUCAGCUGGAUGAGGAGUUGAGCGUCAGCUCUGCCACGCCUUCCAGUGAUCAAACCGAGGAGAACCUGAGGUYGUCGUCUCCCGUCGAUCGGCCUCAGAGGCGGCGGCGGGGCCGGCCGCGCGCCGGGGAGGAACCAGCUCACCACUUCCUCAGAGUCUGCGUGUUGGAGGACAACCAGUCAGACGCUCCCACAGAAACUGGUGAGUGUGAAGCUCUGCUCCACGGCGGUGAAGCUUCUCCAGCUGAAGUCGUUCCUGUUCCAGAGCUGCAGACGUCGUCGGUGCAGGAGCUGAAAUGUCCUCGGAGGAUGCAGGAGGCCGAGUUCUUGGACCUGCUGAGGGUCACCUUCCCUCAGCUGGUUGGAGACGACAAAAAGAUCAACAUGUACAAGUCGGACCGCAGCAGGAAGCUGCAGAAGCUCAAAACGAGCACCCUGACGCCGGAGGAGAUCUACAGGAGCAUGAGGUCCACCGGGACCAAGAAGUCCGUCCUCUACGUCAAACUGAAGACAGGAGAAGAAGAGGAGAGUGAAAACGAGGAGCAGAACCUCCAGAUGGUAAAGGACGAACCUCAGCCCACGGACUGUGUGGUUCUGGAGGACGAAACCGCUCCGCUUCAAAGCCCUGAGGAUCUGGACCGCAGAGGGUCGGGGCAUGCAGCGGCGAGCGACGCGGGUUCUGGAGGGGAGAACGAGGCRUUGAGAGACGACGACRAYGAUGAUGAGUGGGAACCAAACGCCGAAGAUCUGGAGGAAGGAGACGUUCCACAGCCAAAAAGAAGGAGCUACAAAGGCCCCAGGCGAUACAUGGAGAACGGCAAGGAGAGCAAGGUGCUGUGCCAGGUGUGCGGCGUCUGGUACCGGACAGUAUCGGGUCUGACCAGACACGCCUGGGCGCACAUUGGRGACCCCAAGAGCCUCUGCGGGGUGUGUGGAGAAACCUUCAGUUCUGUGGAAGACAUGAAGGUACAUUUUGAAGUUCACCAAAAGAUCCAUGACUGUUCGUACUGCGGGAAGGGGUUCUUCACCGCCUCGGGCCUCAAGAACCACGUCUCCCUGCACACGGGAGAGCGCCAGUUCAAAUGCAGCCACUGCAGCAAGACCUUCGCCGUCCAGUCCGCCCUGAACGUCCACCUCUGGGUCCACGUGGAAGACCGGCCGCACAAGUGUGACUUGUGUCCAAAGACGUUUGGACUCAGAGGCCAGCUCACGGCUCACAAGAAGAGUCACGUGAGUCGGGACCGGUACCUCUGUAACAUCUGCGGCCGGUCCGUCGGCGACCUCAGGUCUCUGACUCGCCACAAGUUGACGCACUCAAACGAGCGCCGCUACGGCUGCAAAGUCUGCGGGAAGCGCUUCAAGCUGGAGCACACCCUGAAGGAGCACAUGAAGGUCCACACCACCCGGGACCGGAUGUUCCUGUGUCACAUCUGCUGCAAGACCUUCCUGUCCAACAACGCCCUGACGGGCCACAUGAAGACCCACAGCGGCGAGCGCCCGUUCGUCUGCGUCGUCUGCAGCAAGAGCUUCUUCAACAAGUAUGACCUCCAGAAACACAUGCGGGUUCACACCGGGGAGACACCGUACGGCUGCUCCCACUGCGGACGCCACUUCAAGCUGAAGAGCACCCUGAACGUCCACAUCCAGAGCCACCUCGGCAUCAAGCGCUUCAGCUGCGGCGUGUGUGGCAAAGCGUGUUCUCGACAGGAGCACCUGAAUGUCCACAUGAGGACCCACAACGGAGAGAGACCCUACAGAUGUUCCCUCUGCGACAAAGCCUUCACCCAGAGCCACUGCCUGAAAACUCACAUGAAGAGCUACCAUCCCGAGCAUGUCCUCUUCCAAGAACCGUCGACUUCCUUCCUCCAGCCGCUGGUCACUGAAGGACUGACUGAAUUAACGACCGACGGAACGACCGACGGAACGACCGAYGGAACGACCGAYGGAACGACCGAUGGAGCRGCUGAUGGARCGGCUGAAGGAUCGGCCGAAUUAACGACCGACGGACUCUAAGGUUUCUGUCUCUGUUGGCUUGGUUUGGUUGUGCCAAUGCUGYGGCCUGUAAAUCUAGAAAACAAGCAUCUUAGCAGCUUUGUUUGCGUAUCUGAUUUCUUAAUCCUGUUGAAACUGUUAUAAGCCAUCAUCUGGUUAGCGUUGCAGAAGGGGCUGGGUCAAAGGUCGUGGUCGGGCCAAAAUCGAAACCUCAUGASAAAAGAAGUAUCCAAUUAAAAUAUCAAAAACCACAAUAAUAAUAAUUUUCUGGUUUUCUAUUGCUUUAGUUUAACAGUGGCUGUAAACGGAAAACAUUCCAAUGUUUUAUUUUAUAUCACAUUUACUGAGCUUAACGGUUUAACUCAAAAUGUCCUCAGGGUUCAUGAAGGGCAAUAAAAAUGGUUUCCUAUCAGAAUCCGUUUUUUUUUUUUCUUUAUUAGCUUAAAGUGGCUAAUUUGCACUAGCAUCAACACUCUUCGGAGUGGAAGUUGUUGGAGGGAAACCCAACCAAAGGACUGUAAGGCUUUUAUCUCUGCUAGCUUAGUUUGUAGCCAAUACUGUGUCCUGUGUAUCUAGAAAACAAGCAUUGUAGCAGCUUAAUCUACAUAAUUGAUUUCUUAAAUUUGUUGAAACUGCUUUUUGCUAUCAUCUGGUUAGCAUAGCAAAGAAAACAUUGGGUUAAAGGUCGUGGUUCAACCUGAACAGACUAAAAUCCGAACAGCACCGAUAGAAAAGAAGAAAUAGAUAAAACUACAACGAUAAUCUUUUGUCUGGUUUUCUGUUGCUUUAGUUCUACUGUGAACAUUUUGUGUCGACAAAAACGGAAAACAUUCCAACUGUAUCAUUUUGUAUCAUUCUUAUUGAGGACAACAACAAAACGGUUUCUCGUCAGAUUCAGGAGAUUCUUGUAGCUUAAAGUGGCUAAUAUGUGCUAGCAUCAACACUGGUGUGGAAGAGAUGACGGCUGUUACAGAGAGUAUAACUUCAGCAGAUAACAAGAAGGCUGAGCAGGGCAAAGCAACAAUUUUUUCAAUUAAUAAAAAAUACAUUCAGAAAUGUUGGCAGCAUUUAGUCACUAAUGCUAACUGCGCUAGUUAUGCUAAAGGCUAAUUUGUUAAAAAAUAUCACUUUUGAAAUAUUAAACUCCUGUUUUGCUGCCAAACAACAACUCUUCUUUCACCCAGUGUGACGUCUCCUCCGCUAAAUUAGCGAUUUAGCUAACAGCAAAUCUAAUGCUAAAUGCUAACUCAGACCAAUGUCGAUCCCUUCUCGCCACGUUUUGUGUUUUCAYUGGUUGAUUUUUGUACGGUUUACAAACAACAAUAAAAAUCACAUCAGAAGAAAAAGAAAACGAUGGAAUCCAACAGCAGAAAUAAUCAAAAUGCUACUUAAAGAAAAUAUUUAGCCAGUUUGACAUCCGACGGUUUAAAUUCAGUCGUAUGUCAGGAAUUAUUUCAUGGAACGAAAGGAAAUGGGCCGGAAACGGUUUUACUCUCUCAGGUUCUCUGAGACGUAAUUAUUUCAUUUUGCUUUAAGCUUCUCACUGUAAAAAAAAAAAUACAUUUAAUUUACCGAAAAAAGAGAAUAAAUGAUCAACCAUCUUCUGUUGUAACUGUUCAGUGUGUGAAAGCUGGAGAAAGCGGACCUGGACCAGGAACCCGUGGCCUGGUGCGGCGCUGGUACACACAGAGUUCAUACGGGGACAUUUUUAGGGAAACUAACUGAUUCUUCUUCUGGUGUUUUUGUGUAAAAACCGGAUCUGAUGUUCUGUCCUGUUUUUGUAUGGACCCGUUUCAAUAAAACACUAAGCUACUCGAA